UGGGACACCUGCCGAUCACUGAAACUAUUACAAACCAUAAAUAACUGGAAAAUUUUGUGCCAUGAUUAAAUGGUUAAAACAUUUCAUCUGGUGGUGCCAUUAAAUAAAAAGUUAGGCAAUUGCUUAAAAGUAGUUAGAAUUUAUUCUUUCAGUUUCAUAUCUACAUCAAAUUUAUCAUCUUCAAGAAUAAGAAGAAAUGACUGAGCAGAGUCUCUGGGGAAUAACAAUAUCUGAAGAAAAAUUUAGAUUUAAGGGAAACAUGUAAUUUUUCUAACUACAGACGCCAAAGGAGCAAUUGUAAACAUCCCUUGCUAUCCGAGUCAAUAAAAAGAGAAUGUCUGUAACUGGCUUCCACAAACAGUGAACUUUAUUGCUUUGCAACUAGAACUACUCAGACCUCUACACACCCUUGUUGGAAUGUUAGAGAGAGGUGUAGCCAGAGAGGUCUGAGAAAUGACCCAUGUGAAAGUUGUGUAACAUUAGGUAAACAAGCUCUUUCAGAGAACAGUGCAGUUCAUGUUGGAUGACUGCAUCAGUUUUUCAGAUUUGAGUUGUCACACUCACACUGACCUAAGGUAGGAAGUGACGUGCUUGUUAUAGCAGUGAAGGGGGUGUGGUAGUUAAGCUACUGGAUAAAGGGACUGCUGCUGUUGUUAAUCUUGAGACGGGGUUUAAGGUUCACCUAACACGCAGGUAUGUGUUUGGAGAAAAAAACUGUUGACUAUUACUGCUGCAGUAAUGAACAGGACAGAAUUACUCUGAGCAGGCAGUCAUCUUCUGAGAGCAGAGUUACCAGCAGUUUCCAUCUGACUAAACACUGUUUACAGUCUUGUCUGUUUUAAACACAGGUCAAAAUGAAGAGUCUGGUUGUGUAUUGUGGACUCAUCCUGGCAUUUCUUUCGAGCUGCACAGAACAGGCCGGGGUAAAAAGACAGGACAAAGCAGGUUCUCCUCAAGGAACAGACUGCACACAGAUUAAGACUCUGUCACCACGAGCAUCCAGUGGCGUUUAUACGAUCCAGCCGAAUGGAGCCACGACCAAGUUUAAGGUUUACUGUGAGAUGCAUCCAGAUGGAGGCUGGACGGUGUUUCAAAAACGAAGCGGAGGAGCCGUUUCUUUCCGCAGAAAAUGGGCAGCAUAUAAAACUGGCUUUGGAAACCUGACACAGGACCACUGGCUCGGGCUGAAGAAGAUUUUUUAUCUUACCAAGGACAAGUCCAAGAAGUGGACAAUGAGGGUGGAUCUGUGGGAUCAUGAAGAUGGGACUGCUUUCGCUGAGUACAAAAACUUUAGACUGGGAAAUGAGAAAACUGCAUUCAAACUACAUGUUGGGAAGUACCGUGGAAAUGCAGGUGAUGCCAUCCGUGGUGCCUAUAAAGGCAUUGAUCAGAAUGGCUAUGGCUUUAGCACAGUUGACCGCGAUAAUGAUGGCUGCUCCCCCUGCAUCUUUGGUGACAUUGCUGAUAGAGCAUGCACCUUUAGAGAGGGCGGCGGGUGGUGGUACAGCAAGUGUGGGUCCGCCAAUCUAAACGGUGACUGGCAUUCCUACGGUGAACACAUAGGUUGGGCUUCGGGCCUCCACUGGCGCACCUGGAAACCACCUGCACCAUACUCAGCCAAGGCCACAAGAAUGAUGAUCAAGUCGGUGUGAAAGGAACCUCCUCAAAUUAUCAAGUGCUGAUUUUUAUUCUGUAAAAAACUUUCAACAAAGCUUUUAAGAAAAGUAACUGUGAAGGAGAUAUGUAAAAUACAAUGCUAAAAGCAUGAAAAUCAGUGUAUUGUUAAUGCUUAGUCAUUUCUGUACUAAACCUAAAAACAUGCCUUCCAGAUAAUCAAGUUCUACCAGAGGUCUCUUCCUGUUAAAGCACCGC